GUGCGUCACUGUCCACCGCCGUGUCGCCAGGCUGCUCCAGCCAGCCUCCUGUAGGGCCUGCGGCCUCGAUGUCCUUCCCCCGGUGUGCCCUGUUGUGGGCUCGGCUCCCGGCGGGGCGCCGGGCUGGCCACCGGGCAGCCGUCUGCUCUGCCCUUCGCGCCCACAUUGGGCCCUUUCCUGGGGCUCUGGGGCGCGUCCCUGCCGUUGCCUCCUCCUCCUCUGCCUCGGGAGGCUCCAAAGCCCCGAACACCUCCUUGUUCGUGCCGCUGACUGUGAAACCUCAGGGCCCCAGCGCGGAUGGCGACGUAGGGGCCGAGCUAACCCGCCCUCUGGACAAGAAUGAAGUAAAGAAGAUCUUAGACAAGUUUUAUAAGAGGAAAGAGAUUCAGAAGCUGGCUGCUGAUUAUGGACUCGAUGCUCGUCUCUUCCACCAAGCUUUCAUAAGCUUUAGAAAUUAUAUCAUGCAGUCUCAUUCCCUGGAUGUGGACAUUCACAUUAUUUUGAAUGAUAUUUGCUUCACUGCAGCUCAUGUGGAUGAUUUAUUUCCAUUUUUCUUGAGACAUGCAAAACAGAUAUUUCCUGUCUUGGAAUGUAAGGAUGAUCUACGUAAAAUCAGUGACUUAAGAAUACCACCUAACUGGUACCCAGAAGCCAGAGCCAUACAGCGGAAGAUAAUAUUCCAUUCAGGCCCCACAAACAGUGGAAAGACUUAUCAUGCAAUUCAGAAAUACUUAUCAGCAAAAUCUGGAGUGUACUGUGGCCCUUUAAAAUUACUGGCACAUGAGAUCUUCGAAAAGAGUAAUGCGGCUGGUGUGCCAUGUGACUUGGUAACAGGUGAAGAGCGUGUGACAGUAGAGCCAGAUGGGAAACAGGCUGCCCAUGUGGCUUGUACUGUUGAAAUGUGUAGCGUUACAACUCCUUAUGAAGUAGCUGUGAUUGAUGAAAUUCAAAUGAUUAAAGAUCCAGCCAGAGGAUGGGCCUGGACCAGAGCACUUCUAGGACUCUGUGCUGAAGAAGUCCACUUGUGUGGAGAAUCUGCUGCUAUUGACCUGGUUACUGAGCUUAUGUACACAACUGGGGAGGAAGUGGAGGUUCGAACCUAUAAGAGGCUUACCCCCAUUACUGUGCUGGACCAUGCGCUAGAAUCUUUAGACAACCUUCGACCUGGGGACUGCAUUGUCUGUUUUAGCAAGAAUGAUAUUUAUUCUGUGAGUCGGCAGAUUGAAAUUCGGGGAUUGGAAUCAGCUGUUAUAUAUGGCAGUCUCCCACCUGGGACCAAACUUGCUCAAGCAAAAAAGUUUAAUGAUCCUGAUGAUCCAUGCAAAAUCCUGGUUGCUACAGAUGCAAUUGGCAUGGGACUUAAUUUGAGCAUAAGAAGAAUUAUUUUUUACUCCCUUAUAAAGCCCAGUAUCAAUGAAAAGGGAGAGAAAGAAAUAGAACCAAUCACCACCUCUCAAGCUUUGCAGAUUGCUGGCAGAGCUGGUAGAUUCAGUUCGAAAUUUAAAGAAGGAGAGGUUACAACAAUGAAUCGAGAAGACCUCAAUUUAUUAAGGGAAAUUUUGAAUAGGCCUGUGGAUCCUAUAAGGGCGGCUGGUCUUCAUCCAACUGCUGAACAGAUUGAAAUGUUUGCCUACCAUCUCCCUGACACAACGCUUUCUAAUCUCAUUGAUAUUUUUGUAGACUUUUCACAAGUUGAUGGGCAGUAUUUUGUCUGCAAUAUGGAUGAUUUUAAAUUUUCUGCAGAAUUAAUCCAGCACAUUCCAUUAAGUCUGCGAGUGCGGUAUGUUUUCUGCACAGCCCCUAUCAACAAGAAGCAGCCUUUUGUCUGCUCGUCAUUAUUACAGUUUGCCAGGCAGUUUAGCAGGAAUGAGCCCCUGACCUUCUCUUGGUUGCGCCGGUAUAUUAAAUGGCCAUUACUUCCACCUAAGAAUAUUAAAGACCUCAUGGAUCUUGAAGCUGUCCAUGAUGUCUUGGAUCUUUACCUGUGGCUGAGCUACCGAUUUAUAGAUAUGUUUCCAGAUGCCAGCUUUGUUCGAGACCUCCAGAAAGAGCUAGAUGGCAUUAUCCAAGAUGGUGUGCACAACAUCACCAAACUGAUUAAAAUUUCAGAGACACAUAAGCUGUUGAAUUUGGAGAGCUUGUCAACAGAGAGCCAGUCCCGUUUGUCAGGCGCCUUAAAGAGUCAAGCUAGAAGAACACGCAGUACCAAAACUUCCGGGAGUAAAGCUGCUGAGCCACCCGGCCCCCAUGCAGGAGAGAAGUCCCUUGCUUCCAGAUUGGUUCAGCAAGGACUCCUCACUGCAGACAUGCUGAAACAGCUAGAAAAAGAGUGGUUGACACAACGAACUGAGCAUGGCAAAGAAAUAACGGAAUCUGGGACUUACUCAAAAGGGACAAGAAGAAAGAAGAAGGAACCUGAUUCAGAUUAGUUCUAUUUUAUUUAUAUUUUUGCAAAUAAAAAUCUAUUUUAAAAUCCUCUUUUCCUCAUGUACAUUUACUGCCUGCUAUGAUAUUGUGGCAUACUGGUUUAUUUGAGUUUUUUUGCCCAGAAAAAUUAACUCUUAAAGAUGACUAAACUGCUGUUUGUUUCAACAUUUGUAAAAUAACAGAAUGUCUUAGAGAUUUUAUUUAAAACUUUAUAUAAUGGCUGUUUGUGGUAUAGCACUAACACAGCGCUCUAUAAGGAACUCUGCACGGGAAUAAAAUCAAUGUAGUGAGUUGUU